CGCAUAUUUAAACCCCGCUCUCUAUCUCGUGAUCACACACACACACACUCUGUGUAGCGAUGGCGAAUCGGAGGUUAAACCCUACUUCUCUAGCCUUUCUAGCUCUACUUCUGCUCUUCUCGAUCGCUUCUGCUAAAGUGUUCUUUGAGGAGCGCUUCGAUGAUGGAUGGGAAAGCAGGUGGGUAAAAUCUGACUGGAAGAAAGAUGAGAACAUGGCUGGGGAGUGGAAUUAUACUUCUGGUAAAUGGAAUGGAGAUGCCAAUGAUAAAGGUAUCCAAACCAGUGAAGACUACAGGUUUUAUGCAAUUUCAGCUGAGUACCCUGAAUUCAGCAACAAGGAUAAAACUUUAGUCUUCCAGUUUUCUGUUAAGCAUGAACAGAAGCUCGAUUGUGGUGGUGGCUACAUGAAAUUGCUGAGUGGCGAUGUUGAUCAAAAGAAAUUUGGUGGUGAUACCCCAUACAGCAUCAUGUUUGGACCUGAUAUUUGUGGGUAUGCAACAAAGAAGGUUCAUGCAAUUCUCACAUACAAUGGAGAAAACAAAUUGAUCAAGAAAGAUGUUCCUUGUGAAACUGAUCAACUUUCACAUGUUUAUACCUUUGUCCUCCGCCCUGAUGCCACCUACACCAUCUCAAUUGAUAAUGUUGAGAAACAAACAGGAAGUUUGUACUCUGAUUGGGAUCUUCUUCCAGCAAAACAGAUAAAGGACCCUGAGGCCAAAAAGCCUGAAGAUUGGGAUGAGAAGGAAUUCAUCCCUGACCCUGAAGACAAGAAGCCUGAUGGUUAUGAUGACAUCCCAAAAGAGAUUUCAGACCCUGAUGCCAAAAAGCCAGAGGAUUGGGAUGAUGAGGAAGAUGGUGAGUGGACUGUUCCAACUAUUCCAAACCCUGAUUACAAGGGUCCAUGGAAGGCAAAGAAAAUCAAGAACCCCAACUACAAAGGAAAGUGGAAGGCACCCAUGAUUGACAACCCAGAUUUUAAAGAUGACCCAGAUCUCUAUGUUUUCCCCAAGUUGAAGUAUGUUGGCAUUGAGUUGUGGCAGGUUAAAUCUGGAACUCUAUUUGACAAUGUCUUGAUAUGUGAUGAUCCUGAAUAUGCCAAACAACUAGUGGAAGAAACUUGGGCCAAACAAAAAGAUGCUGAAAAGGCAGCAUUUGAAGAGCUAGAAAAGAAAAAGGAGGAAGAGGAAUCAAAGGAUGAUCCUGCUGAUUCUGAUGCUGAUAAUGAUGAUGCUGAACCAGAAGAUGAGGAAGAGGCUGAUGAAAAUGAUGUUAAGGAUGAGCUAUAGAAGAGGCUUUCAGCAGUUAGAGUUUAAGAUUUUUUUUUUUUCUAUUUUACUUUUAAGUUGAGUUUCUAGGUCUUUUUUUUAAUAGAGAUUAUAAACAACUGGAAAUGUAAUGCAGAUGAGAUUUUCUGAACCCUGAAAUUGAGAAUUCCAUUGGUCUCUAUUAACUACAGGAAUUUUAUUGGAAACUGUUGUGGUGGAUUGGAAUUGGAAUUGAAUGGAAUGGAAUAGCCAUCUAAUUACCUCA